CGUUUAUUUGCUGCUCAUGACUAUUGUAUUUUUCAGAUGAAUCUCUGGCCCCAUUCCUCCAAAAAAAUUAGUGAUGCAAUGACAUCAUUAAGUUUUGUGCGGUCUAUUCCCAUUUAAUUGUUAUUUUUGUCAAAAGGCAGAUCGAAACAGGGAAAGACUGUUGAAUGGACACAUAAGGAUUUACUCAGAGGUCUUGAAGAGUUUGUACCAAUAUAUGAAAAACGACCUAUAAAGAACAACAUGUAUGGGAUGGGUUUUGACCACAGUUUUGGGCUUUGGUUUAUUGCCCAAUGGCUCAAGCCAGACCUGAUGAUUGAGAGUGGCGCUUUCAAGGGGCAUUCUACUUGGGUCUUGAGGCAAGCAAUGCCAGACAAACCCAUUGUGUCACUUUCACCCCGCCAUCCUGAGAAGUACCUUAAGAAAGGGCCUGCUUAUGUUGAUGAGAAUUGCACUUACUUUGCUGGCAAGGAGUUCAUGGAUUUUGGGAAUGUUGACUGGGGAAGUGUGAUGAAGAAACAUCGUAUUGUAGAUCUCAGCCGGGUUCUUAUCUUCUUUGAUGACCACCAGAACGAAUUGAAAAGAUUAAAGCAGGCACUAAAAGCUGGCUUCAAGCAUCUUGUUUUUGAGGACAACUAUGAUACAGGAACGGGUGAUCAUUAUUCCUUCAGGCAGAUAUGUGAUCAAUUCUAUGUAAGAGGUGGUGGCCAUAGCUGCUUUAAAGAUAGUGAUGAAGCUAGGAUAAGAUCAAAAAGGAAAAAAUUUUGGGAGAAGGCAUUGGAUAUAGAAGAACUUUGUGGGCCAGGUGAAGCAUGGUGGGGUGUCAGGGGGCAAAUGCGGGAUGAUUUUAACCAUAGUAACAAGGCAAUUAGCUACACACAACAUUUUCAGAACAGCAGGUUUGUAGAAUCAGUGCUAGAUGUUUAUUGGGAGCUCCCUCCAGUGGCUGGUCCUUCACUUACUCAUCAAAUGAGAUACGAUCCCGCUCGUGUAUCUAUUCCUAUUGUCGAAGAUGGCAGAUUUGGGUUGUUCCAGAGGCUUGGCUUAUCUACACUCGAGACAUCUGUAUUUAAUGGAUAUACUCAAAUGAUUACAGGUACGCUGUUGCGAAAGCACAAUACACAUUUCUCCUAUACAUGUGAAUGCAGGGCUGUCUGGAAGAUGAGCAAAAGGCUUGAAGGGUCAUGUUUCGUAAGCCAAUUGGCACUAUUCAAGAAAUUAGCCAAUGAUGUGACUGAGACUUUAACCAAUGGCAUAUAGUUAGGCCUGCCUUAUAUGGCUUAUGCUUGACAUGAAAUUAGCCGAAAGGCCGUGGAACACCAGUGCAUCACAGCCAAUGAACCUACGGUUUUGAGAGGGUGGAGCAUUAGAACUAAGCUGUGAUUCUAAAGAAAAGAUGUGAAGGAUCAAAGAACAAGUUAAUCUGGUCGUGAAGAGCUAUGGGAGGAAUCCAUGACCGACGCAAGUCAGGUGAGAGACUUCCAUAACCCAGCUGCUGAGCGGCAGUUUCUCAGAAGGAUUAUGUACACAGAAAUAAGCUCAUUGGUCAAACAAGUUAUGGUCGGCACACUGUGCGCAUUGAGUAAAUAUUUAAUAUAGUAGUGAUAUCAUAUAAACAAUGACAUGCGAUAUAAACAUCAUAUUUCACAAUUCUACACAUUCAAAAAAUAGUUAAUAGGGCUAUGAUGGAUAUACACACGAGAUGGAUAACUUGCUGCACGUGAGACAAAUAUUUAUAGCUUAUGCAGAACCUUGUUAUUAAAAGGUGAUACCACGUGUAAUUGAUGUUGUGAUCUCCC